AAACUCGAAAGGUACAACACAAAAAGUUGUUGAUAUCCUAAGGUAGUUUAAAAGCGUCCAAUCGUGAAGAUGGCUAAGGUUUUUAAAAUCAUUUAUAUAUUUACAAUUUUGUACUCUUUUUCGAGUGCCCAAACCAAUACUGACUAUUGCAGCUUAAGCUGUGGUGAUAGUAAACAUACGGUUUGCCUUCGACAAGAUGAGAACUGCGGUGCAGGACCAACUUGCGGUCCAAACUAUCGACCGAUUCCGUUGACAGAUGCUGAUAGAAGGCUCAUCUUAGAUGUCCACAACGAUCUGAGAAACAAAAUCGCUUCUGGCAAGGAAACCACUGGCGCUCAACCUUCUGCUUCUAACAUGAAGGCUUUAAGUUACAGUAAAGAAUUAGAAACUAUUGCCCAGUGUCACACCAACAAAUGUGUUUUUGAGCAUGACAAAUGUAGAAGAUCAGCUGCACAUGGCUGGGUGGGACAAAACUUAGGACUUAGAUCAUCUACUGCUACCGACAACGACAAUGAGGCUGUAAUCAAAGGCGCCAUCCAAUCUUGGUUCGAUGAAGUAAAAGACUUUAAUAACACUUGGGUCGAUUCCUUUGGAUACUAUCCCACAACGAAAGUAGUUGGACACUAUACUCAAGCCGCUUGGGCCGAUACCACCAAAGUAGGAUGCGGUCUGACUUUUUAUGACUCUGGCAACUGGAACAACUGGUUUGUGGCUUGCAACUAUGCACCAGGAGGAAAUAUCAAUACGCAAUCUGUUUAUAAAGUUGGUAAGCCUGCUUCAGAAUGUGGAGCGUCAGGCGUUAACUCCAACUAUCCGGAUCUAUGUGGUCCCGAUGAUAUUUUGGAUUCUUAAUCUUUUUAUUGUAAUAUGAAUUAUAAUAUGAAGUGUAAUAAAUAAUAUUCAGAAACA